GCAACGGCCAUUUGCCACAGAAGACACAGCAACAACAUCAGCUAGCGUCUUGCUAGCUAAACCCUCGGCUUGUGUAUGUUUCGAAAGUCAGCGUUAUUUCGUGAUCGUUAUCUAGGUUAUCUAAGCCACUUUUCUGCCAGCGUCGUAGCCCAUCUGUUGUUUUUGUGAACUGAGCAGGGCCCGAGUCUGUUUAUCGUGGUUGGUUGAAGCUAUGGCCGGGAGUAGCAUAGCUCAGAAGACCUGGGAGCUCUCCAACAGCAUUCAAGAAGUUCAGAGUAUUGAUGAAAUCUACAAAUACGACAAAAAGCAACAACAAGAAAUCCUAGCUGCCAAACCAUGGACAAAAGACCACCAUUACUUUAAAUACUGCAAGAUUUCAGCCUUGGCUCUGCUGAAGAUGGUGAUGCACGCCCGGUCUGGGGGGAACCUAGAGGUGAUGGGGCUGAUGCUGGGGAAGGUGGAUGGAGAGACCAUGAUGAUCAUGGACAGCUUUGCUUUACCCGUGGAGGGCACUGAGACUCGAGUCAAUGCUCAGGCUGCAGCCUACGAGUACAUGGCAGCCUACAUAGAGAAUGCCAAACAGGUGGGCCGGUUAGAGAACGCCAUCGGAUGGUACCAUAGUCACCCCGGUUAUGGCUGCUGGCUCUCAGGUAUUGAUGUCAGCACUCAGAUGCUCAACCAACAGUUCCAGGAACCGUUUGUGGCAGUCGUGAUUGAUCCUACGCGAACCAUAUCUGCAGGAAAAGUGAAUCUUGGUGCUUUCAGGACGUAUCCCAAGGGAUACAAACCGCCAGAUGAGGGUCCAUCAGAGUACCAGACAAUACCCCUCAAUAAAAUUGAAGACUUUGGAGUGCACUGCAAACAGUACUACGCACUAGAGGUAACUUAUUUCAAGUCUUCUCUGGACCGCAAAUUACUUGAGCUUCUCUGGAAUAAAUACUGGGUUAACACACUGAGCUCAUCAAGUCUUCUGACAAAUGCGGAUUAUACCACGGGGCAGGUGUUUGACCUGUCGGAGAAGCUGGAGCAGGCAGAGGCUCAGCUGGGCAGAGGCAGCUUCAUGCUAGGCUUGGACACGCACGAUAGAAAGUCUGAGGACAAACUGGCCAAAGCUACACGAGACAGCUGCAAAACAACUAUUGAAGCCAUUCAUGGCUUGAUGUCCCAAGUCAUUAAGGAUAAACUCUUCAAUCAAGUCAACACCUCGGCCAACUAGAUAAAAAAAAUAAAAAAGAAGAAGAGAGGUAGCCCUAAAAAUGUGUGAUGUUAUGUAUGCUCAGCAUUGGAUUUCUGAUUUCAAACAGUAUGCACCCUGAUGUUCAUGUCACCUGUUAAUAGAUAAAUAAAUCUUAUAGAGCUUUUUGAGAUCAUCA